AGGCGCGUGCAAAGUGUUCCUUUCUUUCGAUUUCAAUUAACCAAAGCAAAAGUUGACAGUAAAAAAGUAUAUCUCCUUUUGUGAACGCUGUGGAGAAGCAAACGUUUACGUCGGAAGUGUAAAAGAACGAUUUGGAAGGUGAAUAUUUGGGAUAUGGUGCGAUACGAAUUUUGUGCGCUGGAAAGCGAAUGCAUCAGACGGUGCACCAACACCCGCGCAGUGCAUCAAUCAUAUGGGUUGCAGACAAUGACCAAUUUGUGCGUGCGAAUGGUGGUGACAUAAUAAACAAACAAACCAUUUUUUUUUCAUUCUGCGCACAAAACCCAACAAAACCGAUAACUUCAGCCAACGAUAGCAAAGACAGCUGUUUGCACAGUAAACAAAGAGCAAAACAAUCGUAAAAGACGUAGGUGUGCGUGUGGUGGAAAACGUGAAACGGAAAAGUGGAGUGGAAAAUCGAUUGAUGCGUUUUAUCUCCAAGUGACCUUGUGCUAAGGGUUAAGAUAGGGUCAACGGUGUAACCUGCAGAUUGACGUCGAAACAAAAUGUGGUGCCUGGUGAAUCUCCCCAACGGGACGACGUCCGGUGUCCAGUGUGAUCCGAAAAGGAUCAGCCAGGAGUGUCUGGAGAAGGUGUGUGCGGAUCUGGGAAUCAUCUGCGAAACCGAUUACUUCGGACUGAUCCCGGUACGUGAUGGCGACAGCGUGGCGGACGUGGACGAGUGUACCGCAAAGCAAUGGAUCAACCUGCGCAAUCCGCUCCAUCUCUACACGAACGAUCGUACCCAUCCGAUCGUGUUUUCGCUCCGUGUCAAGUUCUGGGUACCGGCCCACCUGAUCCUGCAGUGUAGCGUACGCUCCCUGUUCUUUAUGCAGGCGCGCCAGGAGCUGUUCGAUGGCCAUUUGCGACCAGCAAGCUGGGCUAAUGCUGCCUAUCUGGCGGCACUGCUGCUGCAAGCCGAUGGCUACAAGUACGAUCCCGCCAAGGUUCCGAGUGCGACCGAAACACCCAUCGCUGCUGGCUCCGGUUCGACCACUGCAUCCCCCGAACGACGACCAACGCAAGGACUGCGGCGUCCAUCGAAACGCAAAUGUUCCGAAAUCGAAUGUAAACGCGGUAGCGUUAGCUCGCAGAGCAGUGGCAACACUACACCAACGGGGACACAGCAGGAUGAGAGUGUUCCAGCCGCUGGUCAAGUCACCGGUUCCCAAUCGAUGGGUGAUGGACCGACCAACGCACCAAAGAAUAUCUACCACCGUUACGGUGCACUUCGACCUGCAUUUGAAGAUGCCGAUGAGGAUCGGUCGGCGGAGAUAGUUCUCAAGCCGGGCAACUUCUACCAGCAAAUUGCUCAGGAGCACGAGAAGCUGUCCCGCAUACGGAUGACACCGACGUCCGCGCAGUACUGGCUGUUGGAGGAGAUCUGCAGCCUGGUUGGGUAUGGUGAGGAAAUUUUCGAAGGUGUUACGAUGGCCGAACCGGCGGUAGUGUGCAAGAUUGGCGUCAGCCCGCACGGACUUACGAUUGUUAAGGACGAUGAAAAAUUUAGCGUUCCAUUCACCGCUGUAAAAGCGGCCAAAUCGGUUAAGCGUUCCUUCCGGUUAACGUACAUGAACGAGAACCACGAGGAGACGCACGUGGAGCUAAAGUUGCCGAACCACCGGACGGCAGCUUCACUGUACCGGGCAAUCACGGAAAAGCACGUCUUCUACUCGUGCGAAACGGUGCGCCCGAUCGUAACGACGCAAUUCAUACGCGAUCUCAAAGGCACGAUCGUGUCCAUGUUCAAUGAGGACACGGAGCUCGGCAAGCGGUACGUGUUCGACAUUCAGCGCACCUGUCGGGAGGUUUACGAUGCUGCACGGCGGACACUACACGCACGCGGUAUCGAGCUUGCACCGAGUGCGGAUGAGCAGGAAACGCCGGCUGCGGUUCUGGGUCGGUUGGAGGAAAGCCUCCGGACGCGACUAGACGAAUCCGGACAGCUCGAGAAGCUGCUCGACGAACGGAUACGGGAAGCGAUCACCUGUCCUAUCUGUGCGGAUGGUGAGAUCGAUACUACCUUCCUGCCGUGCGGUCACAUGACUGCCUGUAGAGCUUGCGCCGUACAAUGUGACCGUUGUCCAUUGUGUCGUGCCAACAUCGAAAGUACCAGUAAAAUAUUUCUGCCUCCAUUGCUGCAGUCACGCAAGGAGGGUGUCGGUUCGAACGCAAACCGACGAUCAUCGGAAAUCACCCCAAGCAUUCAGACGGGAGCUGCGAAGGUAGCUUUAACGCCCUUGGUACAAUAAUUCUGGCCGAAACUACGCAUUACGUCCCAUUUGCAGGCACGUGGUAGGAGCACGGAGCCGAAUGGAUUUGUUAGAUAAGCGAAUUGGUGAUAUUAUUUGUUAAUCGUACUGUUGUGGAUGAUGCCCCUGUGGAAUGGUUUCGAGUGGAUGGUUUGAUAGGGAAAAAAACAGGAAACAAGUAUGUUCUAGGACAAGAGAAACAGUGAAGAUGAAUGUUUGGAAACAAUGAAAUGAUAGAAGUACGAAGUACGACAUCAGGAAAACAUAUAUAGUCAGUGAAUCAAUGCAAAUCUUUAAAAUUACCACUAGUUGUGCUCCGCAAGCAACGAGGCGUUAUGUGCGCACUAGAUUUUAGCUCGUAAGAUGUUGUUAAGUUUACUGCUACAUUUGGUUAGUUUUACAGUCAGUGAUACUUUUACGUUCUUGUUUAGUACCUUUUUUGUUUGUUUUUACGAAUCCAGAACCAGACAGUUAGUCAAGAGAGUAUAGUUUCUUCGUGCAACAAGGUACGGAAACGGGGAAAAAAUAGUGCGCCCAUUGUAACAGGUUGCAAUAGUGGAGACCGGUUGUGAGUCAACGAUUUGUUGGUAGUAUUGAUGUUAAGUAUUUUUUAUUUGUCUUUCUAACCUCACACGUAGACAUUUUACCACUUAAUCAAGUCAUGCAGCUUUCCGAAGCACGGACCAUUAUCCCGGUUACGUUGUGUGCUCACAUAUCUAUAUAUUUCCUGUCGAUUGCAUCAAGCACGUUGAUUACCAUGUGUAAGAUAUUAGUAGUUGUUAAAUGGGCCGGAUCUUCUGAGAAGUGCAAGGCCGCAUCAUAAAUGGUGGCAUUCUCCAGCUUACGUAAAUACAAUAAAACAGAAACAGUAACAAGAACAGUGGAAUAAAAUGUUAUCCAAUA